GCUCUCCCAUAGCCUCUUUUUUCCUAUAAAUGACACUGCCCUGAAACACCUUUUCAUCCAUCCCCUUUUCUGCAGAUACUUUUCUUAGAGAGAACAUUAAUUAGUUACUACUUGUAAUUAACUACUUUUCAUUCAUCAGCACCUACACAUUUUAGAAAGAAAGAUGGCUAGGCUCAUAUCCAUGGCUGUUAUAGUUGCUGUUCUGGCAGCUAUGCUGCAUUACUCAGCAGCCCAGACGGUGCAUGUGGUGGGAGACAACACUGGGUGGACGGUGCCACAAGGUGGUGCAGCCACGUACACCUCCUGGGCUUCUGGUAAGCAGUUCGUGGUUGGUGAUACUCUAGUUUUCAAUUUCGCCACCAACGUUCAUGACGUCGCAGAACUAUCAAAAGAAUCAUUUGAUGCAUGCGACUUUUCCAGUACCAUUGGAAGUAUCAUCACAACUGGUCCAGCCAACAUCACUCUCGCCACCGCCGGCAACCACUACUACGUCUGCACCAUUGGCAGCCACUGCACCUCCGGCCAGAAGCUAGCCAUCUCAGUAUCAGCCACUCCCGGCGCCUCCCCUCCUUCUUCAUCUACUGCAACCCCACCACCAACCACACAGGGUGGUGAUUCUUCAUCAUCAACUGUUUUUGCUAGUGUGUUUGUCUCCUUGGUGUCUCUUGUCAUCAGUUUCUUUCUUUAGGUAGCAGAGAAGAUUCAUAUUGGACGACAUUUUUUUGUGGGGUGUUCUUCAAUAAGUUUGAGAUUGAUUUUUAUGUUGUUGAGUUUUGUGUGACAACAUUUAUGUAUUGUUUUUUAGCAUAUGAUCAAUAAAAUUAUGCUGGUUUAGCUUAA